AUGGCUAACACGUUGGAACAAUACAAGAAACUGAUAGGCGAGCGUCUGGAUAAUGCGGACUUGCUCGUCUCGAAGCUGGUGCUCGAGAACUCGCUGCUGAAACAGCAACUCGAGUCGAAGGACGAGCAACUCAAGCUUCUCAACGGCAGACUCGAGCAUCUGGCCGCGCAAGAGCAGAGGCAUGCCUCUGCUCUGCAGGAUGCAAACGAGGCCACCGAGAUCGUCAAGGACCUAUUUGAGCACAUGUGCGGCGUGCGCUUGCACAAAUCGUAUGAGGACGACACGGGUCUGUGGUUCGAUACUUCCCAGGGUUCGUCAAAGGGCGUUAUGGACUACAAACUGGGCUUCGUGAAGGCACAGGCCUCGGAUUCUGCGGGCUCCGCAGACUCGAGCACGAGCGCUGGGGGCACCCAGGUCAUAUACGUGCCUCUCUUGAAACAACGGUCCGCUGAGGAACUCAAGAAACUUCAGGAACAGCUUCCGGAUUACAUGUUCGACACUUUGAGCUUUCCCCUGGCCUCGUUGAACCAAUUCUACACAAAACUCACAAGAAGUCUCAACAAGCACGAGUGA